GUACGACUGAAGUUUUAGAGUAGGAAGGUAUAGCCACCACCACUGACGUAACGUCAUCAGACGAUGACUUGCGGAAGAUCGUUUUUAUAAGUCAUGGUUCCCGUUGAUCGCAAUGGCUGUCAUUUCAAUCUGAUUCUCUCGUUUCUCAAGUCGUGAUGCAUCAGUCGUUUUUCGCCGGUGCGUUUACUGUUCUGGUUUCUGCUCUCGGGCAGGUGCAGUCGGUGAACGCUCAGUCAAACUCGCACGCCUACUGCGACUCUCCAAUUUACUGUCCUGGUGAGAUUUUGCAGAACAUUCAGCUCGCGCAACCAUUUGACGAUUCCAAGACAUUCGUUGAUCUCCCCACCAUCCGCCCUCUCGAUGAGGUUCUCGCUGCCUGGGCCAACCUCACCUUGCCUUUUGAGGGCAACGACACUCUUUCUCAGUUCUUGGACACCUACUUUGGUCAGCCUGGAACGGAGAUCGAGGCUGUCAAUAUUUCCGCUCCUGCCAACCCUGCCUUCUUGAGAGGCAUCAAUGAUACCGUCGUCAAGGGCUUCGCUUCAGCGGUCAACGGCUACUGGCCUCAGUUGGCUCGGAGAUACGUCGGUGAUGAUGUCCUCUGUGAUGGCUGCGUCAGCUCUUUCAUCCCGGUUAAUCGCACUUUUGUUGUUGCUGGUGGUCGUUUCCGUGAGUAUUAUUAUUGGGAUUCCUUCUUCAUUAUCGAAGGUCUCCUACUCUCCGAGCUUUACGAUAUCGCGUCGAACAUCAUCCUCAACUUCCUUGAUCUCGUUGAUCAGUUCGGCUUUAUGCCUAAUGGAGGUCGUAUCUACUACUUGAACCGAUCCCAGCCGCCAUUCCUCACCCAAAUGGUCCGUCGCUAUGUCGACACCACCGGCGACGUUUCCUUCUUAGAGCGGGCUUUGCCUACCCUUGAUUUGGAGUACCAGUUCUGGAUGAAGAACACCACCGUCCGCAUUCAGUCGCCCUACUCCAAUACCACGAGGCACUUGAACCGCUACUACGUCAACAACACUCAGCCUCGCCCAGAAUCCUACCUCGAGGAUUACCAAACUGCGCACAAUACCUCCUUUUACGGAGCUAACGGGACCGUCUACCCUGCCAGGACCAACCUCUCCCAAUCGCAGAUCGAAAGCCUGUACAGUGACCUCGCCACUGGCGCAGAGACUGGUUGGGAUUACUCAAGCCGUUGGCUGAAGCAGUCGGCUCUCGCUGACAAUGGCAACGCUCCUAACGACUACAUCCUUCGCACGCUUAACACGCGCAAUAUCGUUCCUGUCGACUUGAACUCGAUCCUCUACUACAAUGAGGUUGAACUCGCUCGUUUCUGGAGCAUGAUCGCUUCCAACACCACUGCCAACUCCUCCAUUGAAGUCAGAAACAUUACGACGAACGCUACCACAUCCGCCGUCAAGCAAUCCCAGUUCUACACUCAUGCCGCUCAAGAGCGCAAGAUUGCCAUGCAGGAUCUCUUGUGGGACGCUGGGAACUACUCUUUCUACGAUUUCAACCUUACAAGCAAUGCGCGCAACAAGGAAUUCACUCCGGCUAAUUACUUGCCAUUCUGGGCCGGAGCUGCUCCCGAAUGGACACAUGCCAACACCUCCAUCAUCGAGGAGAUCUGGGAGCCCGUCUUGCACGACUUGACUGAGUACCCCGGAGGUGUUGCGACCUCUGAUAUCACAACUGGCUUGCAGUGGGAUUUCCCCAACGUUUGGCCUCCUCUUCAGUAUCUCCUCAUGGAAGGCCUCAUCCGCGAGUCUAAUGCCACCUUCGCUCGCAAUCUCACCAUCGAAAUUGCUCAGCGCUACAUGGACUCUGCCUUCUGCUCUUGGUACGCCACCGGUGGGUCUGUUCCCAAUGUUCUUCCUCAGCUUCCUGGUGAGAGUGCUACGGGAAACAUCUUUGAGAAGUUCAACGCCUCGGAUAUUGAUGCUGCUGGAGGUGGUGGAGAAUACACUGUUGCUGUGGGUUUUGGGUGGACGAACGGUGUGAUUCUGUGGACCGCUAAUCAGUAUGGAGAUCUCUUGCAGACUCCCGAUUGUGGAAAUAUCACUGCUGCCUCUACUACCAUGAAGAGGAGGUCGCUGAUGUAGAACAGUCGAUAUUUGGUUGAGGAGUAAUGUACGAUAAUUGAGAUGGAAACGCGAGACUGUACGUAGAGCUAACUGAAACGCUGUCGUUGACACUCGUAUUCUUAAAAGACCGAUCACAAGUAUUGCAUAGCAAAUGAACAUAUUUUUUGGCAUGGUCGAACUUGAAGCUCUUUGGUGCGUGAGAAAAUUAACACGCAAGUUCGGCCGGUGUAGGACAAGACAGGAGCGGCCAAUCCCCUCCAGCUGCGCUAUCUUCUUGAAAUAU